AUGGCGCCGGCAACAGCAAAGCCUCAGAUCUUGACCAUCGACGACCUCGAGGAAUAUGCCGCUCUGCACCUGCCCAAGAUGGUCCGCGACUACUACAACGGUGGCAGCAUGAACGCCUAUACGCUGGCUUCCAAUCUCGAGGCCUACCGACGGUGCCAGAGUAUUCGACCAGCAAUCUCGUUUCCCUGCUGCGUGGCACCAGCAGCGAUGCAGAAAAUGGCCCACCCUGACGGCGAAGAGGCGACAGCACGCGCUGCAGGGUCAAAGGGCGUACUCAUGGGGUUGAGCAGUUUCGCCACGACAAGUCUGGAAGUCGUCAAGAGUGAAUGUGACAAGGCCUCACGAUCCAGGACCAGCGAAUGCGUUCUCCAGAUGUACUUGUUCGAGAAUCGGGAAGUGAGCGAUAAUCUAAUCAGGAGAUCAGAGAAAGCGGGUUACAGAGCUAUCGUGCUAACCGUGGACACGCCAUACUUCGGUCGGCGGCUGUCCGAGAUGCGCAAUGGGUUUAAAGUCCCUCCUCAUCUGAAGAUGGCCAACUUCGACGACUCUCUCGGCGUCAAGACGGGAUCUCAGCUGCGCACCGAGGAUCGACAGAGCACCAUGGCCCAGGUCAAAGCGGAGCAGAGACCCCUGAAUCUCGACCAGCAGAUUGCAGCUUCCACAGACCCCAAGAAAGUCCCACCACCGAACGAAAACGACCCUUCGCUGAAGUGGGAUGUCGUGAGAUAUCUCAAAUCGAUUACGAGCAUGAAGAUUUUCCUUAAGGGUAUCUUAACGGCGGACGACGCUCUGCUUGCCGUGCAGAACGGCGCCGAUGGAAUCAUUGUGUCUAACCAUGGUGGCCGACAACUCGAUUGUGCACCGCCAACGUUGGAAGUCUUGCCUGAGAUUGUGGAAGCUGUGCAAGGGAGGACACCUGUCCACUUUGACGGCGGUAUUCGACGCGGCUCGGACAUUCUUAAGGCCCUCUGCUUGGGCGCGGAUAUGUGUUGGGUCGGCCGUCCGGUGUUGUGCGGACUUGCGUAUGACGGUGAAAUUGGCGUGAAAUUGGCUUUAGAUAUUCUCGAGGAGGAGUUUCGCGCUUGUAUGGCGUUGACGGGCAUGCGAAGUAUCGACGAGAUUAGAAAAGAGGGACGGAAAAUGUCGAGGAAAGUGUCUUGGGGGUCAAGCCAUAGGAGGCUGGGGUCGAGUAGUGAAAGGCCAAAUCUGGCCAGCAAGCUAUAG